AUGUUCUAUACAAUACAGGUCAUUUUGGACCCUGAUUCCACAGCUUCAUUCCACAUGCUGGUUGUUACGGUGAUUGAAGUGCUAGAAAUCUUUGCAAUUCCUGCUGAUCAGGUGUCAUCGAUAUCUAUCAUAAUACAUCUUUCAUUUGCUUUGUCGUGGGAUUUAUCGAAUAUGUUGGAAAAGAAAGAUGGACUCAUUGCGUAG